AUGAGGGUGCUGGUGAGGUCCUGGCAGUGGUUGAUGCUGACAUGGAACAAAGCUCAGUUCUGGGUUUUGUCGUCGGAACCCUACUUCUGCUUCCUUCUGACGGCCCUGGGAGUGACCGCCGGUGCCCAUCGCCUGUGGAGUCACAGGUCCUAUAAGGCCAAGCUGCCCCUGAGGAUAUUUCUGGCUAUUGCCAACUCCAUGGCUUUCCAGAACGACAUCUUUGAGUGGGCCAGGGACCACCGAGCCCACCACAAGUACUCAGAGACCGAUGCUGACCCCCACAAUGCCCGCCGAGGCUUCUUCUUUUCCCACAUCGGGUGGCUGUUUGUUCGCAAGCAUCGUGACGUCAUCGAGAAGGGGAGGAAGCUUGAUGUGACUGACCUGCUCGCUGACCCUGUGGUCCGGUUCCAGAGAAAGCUGAAAAUGGAAGUGGAGGCUGUGACCUUGACUGACACAGGAACCCUGUAUGAAAGGAAGCGUAGCUUAGUUCCCAUCAUCACCCCCCCGCCACCCCAUAUACUAGAGGGAGCAGUAGAGCCUCGCACCCUUCCUGUGUUGUGCUUCUUAGCUUUGUCACAUACUCAUCGAAACCCCUCAAAAAUGUGCUGUUGGAUGCCACAUGCCCUUUCUAUGUCUCUGGAGGUAUUUUGA